CCCUGCCGAUUCCCUUCGCGAGGAUGAUCACUUUCUCUACAAACGCAAGGGCCCCAGUGGUUCCAGCGGCGCUGGCAGCUCGGUCGUCAUCGUUGGUGACCCUUCGUCACCAAGCUCAAGUUGGUCCUCGCAAGAUGUCAUCAACUGUAGUCGGAUGGAUCUGCCUCGGUUUAUUUGGACUAUCUGUUCUGAUAGGUUUUCUGUUUUAUUGCCGGCGCACAAUUACCGAUCCUUGCAGUACUGGAGUCGGAAGGUGGCUCGAGGCCCGCCGCACCGCAGCCAAGGCCCGUGUGGCAGCCGAGACGGCCAGAGCUGCCAAGAUUGCUGGAAAGCGCCGGGCUGUUCCCGCCCCGGAGGGCCUCGUUGUCGAACAACCAGUGAUGAUCGCCGUCGACCCGCUCGAGCCCUCGACAAGCACGGCCCCGGCCAAGAUCGUGCUGAUUCCGGCCACGACCGACUCGCCGUCGAUACAAGCCACCAAUCCAUCAAAAACUGCCCAGCCCGACGCCGGCCAGCAUUGGCUUUCAUAGCCACAUUGAGCCUCACAAUGUCUCGCCGUCUCAUUUCGCCCCCCACCAUAACACCUCUUAUUGUGUGCCCACGGCCAUGUCUCUCG